GGAGAUCCAACAUGUGGUGUGAUCCCUAGUUACGCCACAAGGGGGCACUUCCGCCCCAGUGAGAUGGUUUAGUGUGACGCUACUGCUCGUCUUCAGAUCUGGCAGAAGCGAGAGAGGAAACACACUACCUGUCGUCCAUCUCAUAAUUUAUCUGUUUUUUUCAGGCUUGACUGAUAAGAUGCGGGCUGAUUUCAGCAUCAUGAAGGACUUGAGUACCCACACCAGACUGACCCCAGAGCAGAGGGAGGGACGCCUCAACAGAUUUAUCACUAAUAUACAGAGGAACGCUGACGCGCAAGCCGAGUUGGAUAAGUGGGGACUCAGCUUUGAUAACCAACUUCUAAAUCUGGCUGGCAGAGUCCUCCCUGUGGAGAGGAUUUACCAACGGUCAAGAUCGUAUGACUACAACCCCUGGGCCGCUGACUGGGCCAAAGAGAUGCGUGGAUUAGCUGUGAUAAGCGCUCCUCCCUUGAACAACUGGCUCCUCUUUCACACCCGUCGUAACAGCAAUGAAGCCAGUUCUCUUCUACAGAACCUCAGCAGAGUCUCAGGCCCACUGGGAAUCGCCAUGGGAAAACCUGUCAUGAUACAGUAUGAAGAUCAUCAGGAGUCUCUCCUCGCAGCCCUGCGGCACAGUGUCGGACCCCAGAUAGAGAUGGUGGUGGUAGUCCUCCCCAACAACAGGAAGGAUAAGUAUGACAGCGUUAAGAAGUUCCUUUGUGUGGACCGCCCCACUCCCAGCCAGUGUGUGGUGGCCCGUACCCUCAGCCGACCUCAGGCACUCAUGACUAUAGCUACAAAGAUUGCUCUGCAGAUGGCUUGCAAGAUGGGAGGGGAACUCUGGAGUGUGGAAAUCCCUCUCAAACAGCUGAUGAUCGUGGGCAUCGACUGCUACCAUGACACCGCUGCUGGGAAAAGGUCUAUUGGUGCUCUAGUGGCCAGUCUCAACCAAAGCAUGAGCAGGUGGUUCUCAAAGUGUGUGCUGCAACACAAAGGUCAGGAGAUCAUGGAUGAGCUGAAGAAGACUUUGAGUGCUGCCCUGAAAGAGUAUUUGAGGUUCAAUGGCUGUCUGCCUUCACGCAUCAUCGUUUACCGAGACGGAGUGGGGGAUGGGCAGUUGCACAGUGUGGUGAACUAUGAGGUUCAGCAGAUCAUGGACUCCAUCAAGUCAAUGGGGCAAGACUACAACCCAAAGCUGAGUGUGGUGGUGGUGAAGAAGCGCAUAAGCAGCAGGUUUUUCGCCCACAUAAAUGGCAAGGUGUCCAAUCCUCCUCCUGGCACCAUCAUUGACGCAGAGGUCACCCGGCCAGAGUGGUAUGACUUCUAUAUUGUGAGCCAGGCUGUUCGCAGUGGGAGUGUCUCACCAACCCACUACAAUGUCGUGUAUGACACCAGUGGACUCAAGCCAGAUCACAUGCAGCGGCUCACCUACAAGCUCUGCCACAUGUACUACAACUGGCAGGGGAUCAUCAGAGUGCCUGCUCCCUGCCAGUACGCCCACAAGUUGGCUUUCCUUGUUGGUCAGAGCAUCCGCAAAGAGCCCAAUAUGAAACUGGAUGACCAGCUUUUCUACCUUUAA